AUGCAGUUGGUCGCGAUGGGCCCCAGCGUUCACCUGCUCAUGUUGCAGAUGCUAGGCACCGGUGCGAUCGAAAUCCGCAGGCCGUCUUCUUCGCAGGGGGGAUCUUCUCUGUUGGAGUACGGCAGCGAUGCCGGCGGGCAGGGCAAGGUCUUCGGUGGUGUGACGAGUCAUUUCACUCAGACUGCUGACGAUAAGUCGUAUUGGGCUGCCGUUGGAAUGAAGAACAAAGUGGGCGUUACACGGUACCAGAACUACGAGCUCAAGCACAUCAAGAGGAGUGAUGGCAAGUUCUUCUGGGCCGAUUCCGCCAACCGCGAGGACAUUAACUUUACUGGCGCGAAGGACCUUACAGCAAGUGUGACCUGGGGAUGGCACCACCCGUCCGGAGUCUACAACACCAUCCCGGUCGGCAGCCCCCUCCUCGACGACCAGAACAACAUCUACAUCGGAGCCGACGACGCCAUCCGGAAGUUCGACGUAAACGGUGUAAUCAAGUGGAGUUACGCCCCCCGAGGUCAAUUGGCGGCGGCACCCAGCCUGUGCCCCGCUGGUGCAAGGCGCCUCGCGACCUCCGACGUGAGCUUCGGAGGGCAAGAGGACAUGGUGCGGCCAGACUGGGCCAAGGGCAACGAGACCGGCACGGCUUCCGAACUCACCAGGGAGUUCCGCGUCGGCGACACGGUCAAGGUGAAGCCUGGCGCGAGCUAUUGGGUGGACGGCAGGGAGCUCUUCAGGGCCGGCGACGAAGGCACGAUCUCUGGCGUCGUCCCGGAUGAGCAGGGCAAGGACAGCAGGGCCACCAUCUUGUGGACGCGCAGCGGGGACAAGACGGUGGUGCAGCUCCACACCAUGGCGAAGCGCUUCUCGCACGUGGAGAAGCGGGACACCACACUGCCCGCCAUGCUGGUGGGCAGCACCACUUCUGGCUACGUGUUCGCGAUCGACCUCGACAGCGGAGAUGAGUUGUGGGCAACUUGGGCCUCGAACGAGAUCGCUGGCGUCAAGGGGUCUGUGGCUUGCAAGGGCGGUAUCGUAGUGGUCGCAACUGACCGCUGCACUGACCGUUACUGUUACAGGUACCGCAACCAGACCAACCCCCUCACGCCAGGCAAUCAGUGGGUGCGUGGCCUGAGCGCUGCGGACGGCAGCUCUGUCUGGCAGUACAAGACGUUCCAGCCGACGUGGAGCAUGAUCCCUCUGUGGGGUCCCGGCACCAGCGUGAUGUUCCAGGACUGGGAGGGCAGGGUGUACAGCCUGGACUACCUGACAGGCGCCGAGAUAUGCAGUCGGCGGAGACAUCGGGACGCACACCAAUGCAGCCGCCGUGUACAGCGCGGGCCACGACACAGUCAUUGCUUUGGGCGUGAAGCACUACACCAAUGGCCGUUGCAAUCCUUACCCAGCUCCCGGUAUCCUCCCAUCAUGCUGGACGUGGCCAGGCACGCGGGGCUUCAUCCGCGGCUACAACGCCUCCUCUGGCAGGAAGGUCUGGGAGACGGAGACGCCGGAGCCGCCGGCCAGCGCCAGCAUCAGCGCGCUCAACAGCCCCUCAUUCCACACCCGCCUGGUGGUCGCCAUGGGCCACAACUGCUACCUCGGCGCCUCCAGCCAGAUCUGGGGCCUCGACCCAAACAACGGCCACACCCGGUGGAUAAAGGAGGGCCCGACGCUGUGGACCGGCUUCUGUGCUGGCGACAAGGAGGGGGCAGACAUCCGCCGGGCCAUGGGCGGCCGCGAAAAGUGCCAUCCGAACAGCUGGUCCAUGCCGGUGGCUGA